CGAGGAAGUCGACGAGCCUUCAAAUCAGAAUUUAAAUCAUUUUCGAGUGUUCGUCUGCGGAGUUCGCUGGCGAUUUCUGGAUGCUGUAAAUUCUCGUUGGGCCACGAGUGCCAGUGUCAUGGUGCUGCAGUCCGGCAGUGAUUGUCAAAAUUUCGAGGAAAUGGUCUGUGAUACGCAACAAACAUGAUCACGCACUCCAAGGACAAACAGUUGAAGCAGAUGUUCGCCGGGGGAUUGUCGGCAGCAAUCACCCGUUUCACUUGUCAGCCACUGGACGUCCUCAAAAUUCGAUUUCAGUUGCAAGUGGAGCCACUAAAAAGUUCCGCCGUCGAAUCGAAGUAUAAGUCGAUUCCCCAGGCAUGCAGGGUUAUUUUUAAGGAAGAAGGUCUACUGGCUUUUUGGAGAGGCCACAAUCCAGCCCAAGUCCUGAGCAUUUGUUUCGGUACUACGCAAUUCUGGACCUACGAGCAGCUGCACCUCAUUACGAAACAGACACCGUAUCUGCGGGAUCGCCCGAACUUCAGUAAUUUCCUAUGUGGUGCUACAGCAGGCGGGGCUGCGACUGUCGUGGUCUCACCCAUGGACGUGAUAAGAACUAGGCGCAUUGCCCAGGACAAAAACAAAGGAUACACUAACUCGUUCCAGGCAUUUGGAAAUAUAAUCAGAACAGAGGGUCCGCGAGGUCUCUAUCGCGGCGUCGUGAUGGGGGUGGUACAGAUAGCCCCGUUGAUGGGAUGCAAUUUCAUGUUUUACCGCCUGUUCACGAACACAGCACUAGAAAUGAAAGGAGUUACAGACAGAAAGCAAUUAUCAACGGUCCUUCUUCUGAGCUUAGGCGCCGCAUCUGGUAUGUGCUCGAAGACGAUAGUGUAUCCAUUCGAUUUAAUAAAGCGGCGUCUGCAGAUCCAGGGAUUCGCGCAAAAUCGUCAGACCUACGGCAAGCAGCUGGUCUAUGCCGGGGCCAUCAACUGCCUUCUUAGCAUAUUAAGGGAAGAAAAACUCAUUGGAUUAUACAAAGGCAUGAUUCCCACGUUGAUCAAAUCAGGAGCGACGACAGCUAUUCAUUUUAGUAUGUACGAUAAACUAAGUCAAAUAGUGGAAAAAUUAUAGCGAUAAGUCAACACGGCGAACUUCGUUUCGUCCAUGGACUGAGCGUGACUUGUAUGGCAUACGUUGUGUAUGAGAAGCAAGAGUUUCGUGAUCAAAUUGAGGAAUUUCACGUGUUAUUUUUCGACAAGAAAGGCUGUAUCAUAGGAGACAUGACAGGGAUCAAAAGGUGACAUACUUAUAAAUUUAUUUCAACUCGAAAUGAUCAAGAGUGUAGUUAUCUCCGAUAAUUUAUUAGAUGCGGUAAGGAACUCGUUUUCAUGAAUAUAUUAAAGUCUCAAAAACCUAAAUUAUAGAAAAA